GGAUCGAUCAUCGAUCAUCGGAGAAUUUCUGUCUUUCCGUAUAACGAGCCUUCUCGUCCGAGAGAGAAGCCGGACCGUCCUUUCGCUUGCACUUCGUCUCUCAGACAAUCUUUCGUCGAGCAACGGGAAUUUUAAAGAGUCGAAGCUCGAUUAAAAAAACUACGCGGAUGCAGAGGAUCCAACAGGAUGGAGGCUCGACGACAAACGUGGCAUGCCCUAACCGCUUUCCCGCGGUACCGGAAGAAAAAAUGGCCAUCGCCGCUUCGGAGAAUUAUCAGCUCAAGUGGCACAGCUACGGGGCGCAUCUGCACAGCUCCGUCGCGACUCUGCUCCACUCGGAAUCCUUCGCGGACGUUCUUCUGGCCACGUCCUGCGGACGGCACGUGGCGGCCCAUCGAUUCGUUCUCGCGGCCUGCUCGUCUUACCUCAGUCACAUUUUCCAGACGUGCCACUUCGGCGCAAACACCAAUGCUCCGAUAAUCGUGGUGUUGCCUACGGAGAUCGGAUACCGCACGCUAAAGAUCCUGAUACAGUACAUGUACAGUGGCGAGGCCACUGUGACGAACGAUCAGCUGGAGGGUGUGCUGAAGGCCGGCGAUAUCCUACGUGUGCGCGGACUGUGGCGGUCGAAUACCGGCAGCAGCAAAAAGGAGAAUAUACAGUCGAAUAAUCAGAAGAUCGAGCGCGACAAGCGGGAGACGUCGCAGCUGGCAGGGCAGAUACAGAAGAUCAAAUUGGUGCAACCGACCGCGGAGAAGACAAUUGAGAACGUGCAGCAGGCAGCCACGGCUUGCCAAAAUAAUACACAGCCCGCGAAGCCGGUUGAGAGGAAGAGCACUGAGAAGAUCGAGGACAAGACCAACGAAUCUGAGACCAAGAAAGUCUCUGAAGAGAAGAAUAACGAGCAGAGUAAGAACAAGGAGAAUCUCGAGACAAACGGCAAGAAGAAGAAGUCCGUUAGCAGCGACGUCGAGUCGAAUAAGUCAAAGAGCGAUGGUGGUGAAAACACCGAACUAAACCUGGAGCUGUUAGUGAAGGACGAGCCGAUCGAUUGGGAAGAAUCGAUCGAUCCGUCGGAAUCGCUUACGAUAGAUCAUGAGAUCGAUAUCAAACCAGAGAUCGUACACAGCGCGGACGAGGAUGGAGAUAUGGAGGAGGAGGAGUAUACCCCGCUGACGUGCGAUAUGUGUAGUCAAACGUUUAACAGGCCGUCGGAUUGGGUGAGGCAUAUAGAAUUCACGCACGCCGACAUGACUGAAAAUCGGAGGAAGAAACGAAAGGACGACAUAAACGACGACAGCAAGGAUUUCCCGCCUUUGAAGUGCGAUCUAUGCGGCAACAUGUAUUCCACACCGCAGGAAUGGGUACGUCACAUACAGACGGAACACACGGAGGAGCAGUUGGCCUUGAUGAACAACUCGGCGCCCCCCAAGCCAAAGAGGGUUCACAAUCACCAAAAGCUAUGCAACAUAUGUCAAAAGGAAUUCCCGAGUCACGCCUCGAUGGUCAUCCACCAAAGAACGCAUACCGGCGAAAAGCCUUUCCUUUGCUCCUACUGUAAAAAGGGCUUCAAUGUAAAGAGCAACCUGCUGAGGCAUUUAAGGACAUUGCAUGACAAAUACGUACAUCCUAGCUUAUACGGGAGUAACGGUAGCACGAACGCUUAAAGACCCUUCACAUUUCUUUCCCGACGAUACAUAUAUAUAUGUAUAUGUCGUUUUGCAUGGCGAUACAUAUACAUAUAUACGUAUUGUUUUGCAUAGCGUCUCAGUCGUGGAGAGACCAUACAGUAUCUUAUGUAUAUUCAAUAUUAUGACUUACGUAGACUGAAAUGCGUAUCUAUAACGUAUAAAUGCCAAAUCGGAGCACGACAUGACGGCGAACCGAGUCAGGAUCUGUGUGAAUCUCCACCGAGAGAAAGCAUAACUGAGCGCAUUUUAAAAAUUCACAAUGCAUAUUGGAGAGAAAUCUAUACAAACUAUUUUUUCUAAAGGGUAACUGUCGCAAUUCUUCAUAUAAUAAUCUUCUUUUUAAUAAUGUAUAAAAUAAUAGAACUCCUCUCUCUUUCUCUCUUGCAUCAAAUAACUUUCGAUUGAGUUGAAACAAGAAAGCAAUAUCAGGGUCUUAAUACCAAAGAGGCUGAUUAAUAUUGCCAAAAUGUCUCAUUUGAAAAUUUUAAACCUUCUUUUCUUCCCCUUAAUGUAGUGCACAUAUAUAAGAAAAAAGUUACUUGUUUAAAAAGAUUUUCGUUUAAGAACGAAGAGGACAAAUGAUGAAUGAUUUUACUAUUUAUAGAGAUCUGUCUGAGGAGUGCUUGCGUGUAAAAUAAUUCUAUAGUAUAUAAAUCAAUAUUUAAUGAUUAAUUAUUAAUUAACUUAAUUAUUUAGUAAUUAUAGGAUAAAUCCAAAUUAUGUAAGAUUUAACUGUAUACUAUUUCUAGGCUAUUCCAUCCAUGAUAGCCCUCUUAUUCCCUCAGCUCGUAAGUUAAUUAUGUAUUUUUAUAUUAAAGUAGCGUAUACACACAAACAUAUAAAAAAGUAAGAGACUUGCAUUAAGCAAAAAUUUGAAAUUUUGAUCUAGGCUAGGACUUAAGAAUAACAUAUAACAUUCAAAAUUUAUCAAAUUUUUUGAAAAUAUAUUGAGUUCUUCUUACAUAUAAAAAAAAAGAGAGAACAAUGCGAUAUUAUCAAAAUACUGUCACAGUCUCUGGAACAUUAAUAAUGUGAAUAUUGAUUAAGAGGAUGACACCAUUUUGCUAUACUAAUCAUUGUGUCACUCUACUAUAAAUUUUAGUGUCAAUUCUGCAUUGCGCUAGCACUGUGACGAGCCAAAUAACUUUUAAAUGUAAAAUUAAAAUAAUAUAUUACCUUAAAAGUA